UGCAGUCAACCAUCCGUCACUAUUAUAAUUCAAUACAAUGGAGGACUACGCGCACCAAGAAUCACUGAGCAUGUGAAAAGAACUGUGACUCAGUCUUGUCAGCAAUGUAGUGGAAGCAAUGUGCGCAAAGUUGCCAUAUCUGCUAUUGAACAAGAGCUCUCAAGCCAGUUCAACAUCAUGGAAACAAGCAUGGAGAGAACCCACUGGAAGAUAAAAUACAACUCCAAUUAUCCAAUUAUCCACAACCAACAUCAAGCUCAAACAACAACACCAAAGAAAACACACAAUCGAAACGAACAAGGAACAAUUGAUGGGAAUUACGCAGAUUGA